GCUUGUAUAAUGUAUACUAGGAAUAUAGGUUUACUGCUUAUAUAUUUUAUAUAACUUAUAAAUUAUUCAUAAAACUAUGUGAUUUUACUUAAAUACAAUGAUGUUUAACACUCAAACAAUUCCUUGGUAGCUUUAAGGUUCCUAAACAAUGAAACCCUAGAAAAUACUUAGCGCGCCGGAUUCAAACAUGACCACGACAGUUUCAUACUUCACAACAUAAGAAUAGAGUUGAUUGCGUUCAAUAGAGGGUUCACGACUUGACGAAAUCCGAUAACUAGUUUACAAUAUCGAAUUGGCUAUGAAAACCCUGUAUCUUGAAUGUUGUGGACUGAAUGUGUCUGAAUGAAAGUAGCCAGACUUCGUGAUGUGUUUUAUUUCAUCGGAAAAAAUAAUAAAAAAAAGUUUAAGAAAGGUAAGGGUUAUGGUGGGGCAAUCACUACGUCAAUAAAGGAAGUGGGUCAUAUCAUUCGUGAGACCUUACGCUUUUCUGCUCAUAAAAGCCUUCGCUACGGAAAUUGACAUAGUAUUAUUGUGGCAUUGGUACGGACACAGUUGAAGUUUGUAGCGCUUAGUAAUUUGUAUAAAAUAAGUUUUGGAUAAAAUGAGUGAUCACUUUUAUCAAAGUAGUUUAUUUAUUGUUAUAGCUGUCACAGCCUCAGUGAUUGCACAAGAUGCAAGCUUUUACAGAAAUUUAAUUACUUUCAUGAUUCAUAACAGUGAGCAAAAUGCUACUUUAAACGUUGCGUCGGACUUUACGGAUUUUGAAGCGCUGGGCUGUAACAGCUCCGAUCCAUUUGCUAUAAUAGUGCAUGGCUGGAAGGAGAGUUGUCAAACCGAAUGGCUGGUAGACAUGAUAAGCAAUCUCUCAAACGUUCGGGCUGGUUGUAUCUAUUGCAUGAAUUAUAACAAUUUUUCCCGCCAUGAUGACUAUUUUGGGUUAGUUCGGCAGUUCUUGCCAAUCUCCGAGGUUCUAGUGGAAAAGCUGCAACAGUUGGAGAACUUCGGAUACGAUUUCGAUGAAGGAUACAUGUUUGGGUUCAGUUACGGUGCCCAUCUGGCGCUUGACUCGUUAAGGAGAUUUGGACCUGGCAAGUUAGCUGCAUUGGAUGUUUGUGAACCAGCUGGCCCCGGUUUCGAUGGAGAUCAAAAGUAUCGUGAAAAAUGUCCUACAGAGGCAGCAAAAAAUGUGCAAUGCAUUCAUACAAGUGAUAAUUAUGGAACGAACGUGCGAAAAUGUCACCAGAACUGGAACAUGGGACGUUGCGGUAAAUCACAAGACGCAGCUGGUCCUUAUCCGAAAGGAUCACACGGACUGUGUCCAUACAUUUUCAACAGCGCAUUCAAGCAUGACUUUUUAGCCAUGCCCAAUAAGCAAGGGUGCGAAACGAAACGACUUGCACCUGCAUGGCCAAAAGGCUUCCGAAUGGGUUAUUUCAUGGAUCGCAAAAGUGACGUGAUUGGUGAUCUUUUUGCGGCCACAUCGAAGGAAUAUCCGUUCUUUGAUAAUACCUUUGCUAAUGAAGUCAAUGAAGUUUAAUUACUUUGUGAAAUAAUGAGGGACUACUUUUAUGCUUGAAAAGGUGUAAAGGAACAAGGUGUCCGUGCUAAUUUAGUGUUAUCCCGUGUAGAAACGAAACAAGUUUUUCAUCUUUGGUUAACAUUUAGAGUGCCAUGGCUUUGAUAUGUGAUAGCCAGUUAUGUUUCCUGGGUGCCAUGGCUACCACAUAUGUUAUAUAAUAAAUAACCACAUAUAUAAUACCACAUAUAUAAUAAAUGAAAUGAAAUGAAAUAUUAUAGCCAAG